AUGGGAAGUACAGGCACAUUGCCCCAGUUAAAGCAGAUCGCAGUAGCAGCAUCCAGGCAAGGUCAGCUUGUGGUCGUGGACGACCUACAUCCCGACAGACAACAGCAUGAAGAAGACUUGUUUAAGUCAGCUUUCACUACGCCACACCCUCACGUUGGCAAAGAAUGGAGUGAUGCCGAUCGUGUGUCCCCGUACCCUCUCCUAGUCCCGGAAUAUUUUGUCGAGAACGCAAAGCAGCUGCAAGAGGCACUUGCGAUCGCGGUGGCCAAUAUCGUGGAGCGGUGGGCUGAGCCGAGCGAUUCGCUGUGCCAACGCAUGCCGCUGCAGCCUCAUGAGGAUGCUCUUCUUCGGUGGAUACACCGAAAAUCCAAAGAGGGCGUUAUCCCACUGUUUAAAGAACGCAUGGGACACUGGAGGCCGGAUAUCCUGCUCUCGAAUACAAAGGAGGGAGAUUUAUCAUUUCGCAUCUGCGAAAUCAAUGCACGGUUUUUCCAAAACUCCCUCAUGUAUUCAAUGCAAGCCCUUACAGCUUGUUCUCGAAUGCUUUCGGAUCACCCUGUGUUACAGCCAACAGCUGAUCCUGAACAUUUGCUUGAUUGUCUUUGCGGUCUUUUCGAUCCCAGCUUGCCGUUCCACAUGUUGGUUGGCUGGGGUAAGCCGAAAUUGUCGGAGGCAAUCUGCAAAGUAUUGAGAGAGCGAGCGGGAGUCUCAGCAAGGGUCAUUACCCCCUCUGAUCUGCGUCUCCUCCCUGAUGACACGUCUCCUACUGGGUACAGCCUGUAUGCAGUAUGCAGCAAGCCCCAACUUGGAACAACUGCUAGUCAGGAUCCCACCCAUGACAGCCUUGAGCCAGUCCGUCAGGUCGGACUAUACUUGUACCAGGACGAGUUCCGCCGUCUAAGCAUGGAGAUGCUCCAGCAUAUAGCACUCCGGUGCGUGAACGAUAUUCGAACUAUUCUCCUAGUAGCCGACAAGCGGAUUUUAGGGGUCGUUCUCCAGGAGCUUGACACCCUGGUCAAUGACUACAAGGUUCUCACCGCUGAACAAGCACGCAUCUUGCGAGAUGGAAUUGUUCCGACAAUUCUUCCUGGGUCUUCCGAACUAAAAACCUUAAUCUCACAAAGUCGCAGCAACCCAGACCUAAAGAACGAGUACAUUAUCAAGCCAUGUCGUGAUGCGGAAAGUGUCGGUAUUUUGUUCGGAGACGAGCUUUUGGGCGAGGAAUGGGAACGUCUGCUUGCUGAUAUGCAGGAUCCGCGACUUUAUCCUCACCAAUUUCAGUAUAUUAUACAGCCUAUUGUCCGUCAACCCGCCAUCAAUAUUUCGCGCGAGGUGGACACAGAACUCGGCGAUAUGAACAUUGUCGGCCUCUAUUAUGCUUUCAAUGGUCGUUACAAAGCUCUCGGUGCAUGGAGAGCGACACAUGGGCGACUCUCUUGUUACUCCAAAGGCGGAUUCAGAAUCCCCUCAGUGACCCUGAAGUAG